ACAGAUGUCACUCCGCGCACACUGACAGCCUGCCUACCCGCUGCCCGCGAACAGAGAGAUAGACAGAGAGAGAGAGAGAGAGAGAGAGGAAAGGAGGUCUGUGAAGCAGGCACAGACAGACAAGCAGACGCACACACACACACACACACUCGUCUCUGUCUCUCCAGCAUCUUUCGUGUUUCUUUUCUCCCCCUGAAGGCUCGGUGUGCGUGCGUGCGUGCGGGUCUGCAUGGCUAAGAGGAGCACGCCGGAGAGCGACGCGCGGACGAGAGAAUUCAGCGCCGGUGGAUUGUCCUCCCGGUGCGUGUGAAACAUAGAUUUGUUUUCCUCCGCGGUGUGUGUGUGUGUGUGUGUGUGUUUUUCCCCUCUACCCCAUCGCACCUCGUUGGUCGGGACUCGCUGCUCAUCUCGCCUUGUCAGCUGCAACAGAAGGAUAAAAUAAAGGGAUGCUUUGAACGCCGCCUCCGUCUUCACAAAGACGAGAGCCACAGCCGAGAGAAGAGACAGAGGGAGAGGGAGAGACAGUGGAGGAGAAAAAGGGAGGAGAGGAGUCUUCCCUUAUUCCCAGCAACACUGGGUGGAAAUAGCUGCCACCAUCAGACAAUAAGUUGCUCCGCAGUUGUCCGGACGACGUGACCCGCCACGAGGUCUGGGUGUCACUGGCUGAUGGUCGGGACUCGGGACCCCGGACCCACUGAGUGCUUUCUCCACUGCCUUCUCCGACUUCACCUCGCUAACUCGACAUCCGCUGUGCUGUGAGAAACGACAUAAUUAAACUGACCUCUCUGCAUCAACUUCGGGGGAAAAAGAGAAAAGCCUUUGUCUGUUGCUGCUGUCCCUGUGUUGAGAUGUGCAGGACGCCCGCACUGCCCAGCCCGUUCCCGGCCAGGCCUCUUCUCCGACUGACCACGUCUGAAGUGUCUGAGAACAUGAAGUGUUUAUAACCAUAGGUAAUGACGAGGCACAACCCUAACCCUGGAGAUGCCGAAGAGAAGAGACAUUCUUGCCAUCGUGUUGAUCGUGUUGCCGUGGACACUGCUCAUCACUGUCUGGCACCAGAACGCCAUUGCACCCCUGCUGGCCAUUCGCAAGGCUUGUCACCACCUAGUCAGAGACUUCUUUAUCAUUCCCGAGCGGCUAGCCAUCCACCGCCACCGCCUCGCAGAUGACGGUGCGGACGGACGCCGCGAGGCGGGUGCGGUGGGCGAUUCCAAGGAGUACUGCUCGCCGGACAAGGACAUCGUGGAGGUGGUGCGCACCGAGUACGUGUACACGCGGCCGCCGCCCUGGUCCGACGUGCUGCCCACCAUCCACGUGAUCACGCCCACCUACAGCCGGCCGGUGCAGAAGGCAGAGUUGACGCGGCUGGCCAACACCUUCCUGCACGUGGCCAACCUGCACUGGAUCCUGGUGGAGGACUCGCAGCGCCGGACGCCGCUGGUGGCGCACCUGCUCCGAGAGACGAGCCUCAACUACACGCACCUCAACGUGGAGACGCCGCGCAACUACAAGCUGCGGGGCGACACGCGGGACCCGCGCAUCCCCCGCGGAACCAUGCAGCGGAACCUGGCACUACGCUGGCUACGGGAGACCUUCAGCCCCAACAGCAGCCAACCGGGCAUCGUCUACUUCGCUGAUGACGACAACACCUACAGCCUGGAGCUGUUCGAGGAGAUGCGCUCCACGCGGAAGGUCUCGGUCUGGCCCGUGGCGUUUGUGGGCGGCCUACGCUACGAGUCGCCUAAGGUCAAUGCUGCUGGCAAGGUCUACGGAUGGAAGACCGUGUUUGACCCACACCGCCCGUUCGCCAUCGACAUGGCCGGCUUCGCCAUCAACCUGCGCCUCAUCCUCUUCAAGCCCCAGGCCUACUUCAAGCUGCGGGGAGUCAAGGGGGGUUACCAGGAGAGCAGCCUGCUCCGAGACCUGGUCACCCUCGACGACCUGGAGCCCAAGGCGGCCAAUUGCACUAAGAUUCUUGUUUGGCACACCAGGACUGAAAAGCCUGUGCUCGUUAACGAGGGCAAAAAGGGAUUCACAGACCCCAAUGUAGAGAUCUGACGUUCGCCAUCUCUAGCGAUGGUGAGGAACCACACACGAUGCCAAAUAUACAGAAUAGUGUGCGUGGUGUGUCUGAUACAUUGACUGACUUCAUUACAACUUCAAGAUGUUGUUAUUAAAUCGUAGAAGCAAAACUCAAUUCAGUUGAUUUCUGAUUAAAUAUUUUAAUUCAUACACAAUAUCAUUACAUAUAUGUACACAUAUUCUUGUUCUAAAACCUGAAGACAUUUUAUUUUGCUGCUGAUUUUUGGAACAUGCAGGAAAGAAUACAGAUGUUCAGUUCUGACGUCACAUAUUAAACGUAAUCUGACACAG